AUGCUCAAGCUAUACUUAUCGGCAUAUAACGCCACCUCCGCCAUUGCAUGGGCGGCAAUUCUCGGCCAGACCUUCCUCGACGUGCUUCCUGGCGGAUUCUACGAAACCCAUGCUUACACGGAUUACCCACAUAAGCUUCUUGUCCAAGUCCAGGUGGUAAAUGCCGUCUUUGAGAUCACCCAUGCGCUUACAGGUCUUGUGCCCUCACCCCUCUCGUCGUUGUUGCUCCAGUUUUUCGCUAGACUUAUCAUCACGGUGGGUAUUUCUUGGUACGUUCCCGAGUCAGCAGGAAACUUCUCUCUACCAGGAUACGUGGCGCUUUCUGUGGCCUGGUCUGUGACUGAGGUCAUUAGAUACAGCUUCUACUUUGCCAAGCAACAGGGCAAGGUCCCAGAGACUCUUCAAUGGCUUCGUUAUCUGGCCUUUAUUGUGUUGUAUCCAUUGGGCGUUAUCAGUGAGCCUUGGGUGGUGCACUUAACCUUGGAUUACGUGCUGGGCUUCUACUACUGGUUCUUGGCCUUGGGAAUGUUUUUGUACAUCCCUGGAUUUGUGAAGUUGUACACGUAUAUGUUGGUGCAGCGGAGGAAGAACCUCGGUGUGAAGAAGACCGAGUAG